AGACGAUAAAGGAUUGAACAUUGUUGUUGUUUUUGUUCACAAAAGUCGUCGAUGUUUUGAGAAGUCCGGUUUAGAGACCUCCUGUGGUCGCAUAGUAACGCUUGAGUGGAUCUGCGGCUGCGAGAUUUCUAUGCGAUGGCUUUAAUUUGUAUGAGUGUUUUGUUCUAACUUUGACUCACCUCAUGCUCACGAAUAAUGUCGAAUCGAGAGAAUAAUUGACUUUUUAGUUUUUAUUAUUAUUCGCUAAUAAUUAAUUAGAAAGAUUCGUUGUGCAGGUUUCUUAGAGAACAGUGAUGUCUUUAUGUGGAGUUUUCUAUGGAUAACAUUGAACGUGCAUUCAAUCUCUUUAUCGGCAGCUGCUAUUACAACAAACGAUAGAGAUUGUUCGCACAAAACUAAAAUAAUUGAGAUAAAAUUAAGGUUAUCGGAGACGUUUUGAAUGAAUGUUGGAAAAAAUUAGGAUCGUUUAAAAAAACUGACUACGUGUAUAGUAAAUAUUUUUGGAAGCAUUAUGAGCCAGCAGGAACAAGCAAGCAAUGAACAGCAUAUUAUAAACGCACAGAAUAUAAACGCAAACACAAAUGUAAAUAACGGACAAGUACAAAGUAAUGGACCGUUUGAUGCCACAGGUGCUUCAGUUGACAAUGUUGAAGCAAAAACCGACGAAUCACAGAAAAAAACAGAUGAACCGCAAAAAAUUAAACGUCCAAUGAACCCGUUUAUGAUUUUUGGUUGUGAAAAACGAAGAAAGUUAGCGCAAGUCCAUCCGAGAAUGCAUAACUCGGAGAUUUCUAAAAUCCUUGGGGCUGAGUGGAAACGCAUGAGCGAAUAUGAAAAGGCGCCAUAUGUUCAAGAAGCCAAGCGUUUAAAAGAACAACAUAGUAUUGAGUAUCCGAAUUACAAGUUUAAAGCAAACAGACGAAAACCAAGACAGCAAGUAAAAAAGGAAAGACCAACUUUUCCCUAUGCUGCUGACCUUAAUGCUAUACCUACAGCUAUGAAGUUUCCUUAUCCAAGUCCAUUUUUUCAAGACUCAAUGUACGGCUCCAUGUACCCAGCAAUGGCUGGCAGUAGUCACCCUGCUUACUCUCUUUACAGCGGUGGUGACUACAGUUCAGCAUUAGCUCGUCAAGCUAUGGUUACAGGUAGUGUAGUCAGAGGAGCGCAGCCACCUAGUACAACAGGUUCGGCUUCUGCUGAAUAUUAUCCCUUGAACAAAGCAAGUAACGCUCCAAUCAAUGAUUACUACAGUGGGGUAGUGUCAAAUAAAAGCAGUGAUUAUUACUCCGCCAUGCAUUCGGCAGCAGCAGCAGGCACUCGGACUGAAAGGACAGCACCUGGAGGUGAAGUGGUCAACCUAGCAGAGAGGUAUCCUGCUGCAGAUAAUAGAACAUUUGAGAAUAGAUAUAGUACGUCGUUUAACGGCUCGCAAGGAAGUACGAUUGCAACCUAUUCUACGAUGCAGGCUAUAUCACAUCUAAGUACCGAAACACCAGCGGCGUAUUCAUAUUCUUCAUUGUAUGACCAACGACAUUAAUUUAUAGACGAAGAAAUAAGAAGCAGCGUUGCCAAGAGUUUGUUUUGGCGCUUACUUUUAUAGAGUGAAACUUUUUAUUAUAAAAGAAAAUUGUCCAAGUUAGAGGGAAAAGAAAGAAAACAGCUAAGACCUUUACCUAAACAAGGUAAUUUUCUUUCGACGAUAAAGUGUAUUUAAAAAUGCAAAAUGUAAAUUUUAAAAAGUUUCAGAAAACUCUCGCUGAAAGCACAAACUUAAAUUAUAUUUAACAAUUUAAUAUGUGUAUAUAUUUAUUAGCACGAAUGUUUUUUAUUGAUAAGAUACAAAAAAUUAUCAAGUAAACAUACAAGAAUGGUUGUUUUGUAUGUUUUGAAUAUUCAUCUGAAAUAGGCUGCAUAUACAUACAUAUGUUUAUUUAAUAAGAAAAACUUGUACAUAAAGGAUAGUUGAUUUCAUUUUCGUUUAGUUUUUAGUUUUUAACAUUUUUUUUAGGUGUAAGACGUUAAGGUCAUCUGAAUAGCAUAAAAAUAGUGCAUUAUGUUAUUCCUAUAUUAAAAAUAGACGGCCAUUAUGUUCAAAUAAAAUACGGCUUCAUUAAUCCUGA